AGUCGCAGCGAAGACUUUGACCGCACAGUGCUGAACCCCAAGCGCAACGAGGGCACAAAGUCCGGUACAGACAGCGAAGUCGCGCAGCACGGCGCGGCGUAUGAUCCUAACCGGACGUCACCGGAGAGCGAGAUGGAGGAGAUGGAGGAGGAGACACAGGCGGAGGGGGCACCGGCGAAUCCGUUGGAUGUGAGUGGUGCGAAUCAGGAGGUGAAUCAGUCGCGGGAUCCGAGGGAGGGAAUGGCGGAUCGGAAUGCGGAUAGGGAGGGGCAUAGUACGAGGGGGUUUACGCCGAAGGGUCAUAAG